UUCCGUCGGUGGUGAAUGCAUCACUUUUAUUAAAAAUGAAUCCAUUUGCCAAGUAAAUGCUUCAUUUAACUAAAUGUCAAUUUGUUCUUUUGCAUUGCUCAUAAGCAGUUUUUUUUCUCUCUCCUUCAUAGGCCCUGUGAUCGGAGGAGUUGCGGAAGUUAACCAACUGUGAAAAAGAGAAGAAAAAAAGGCAAUAACGGGAAAAGUUGGUGAUGAGCAUCCGCAACCGACAGGCCCCUCCUCGGCUGAUGAACUAGCGACGUUCCUCAACAGCGUUUCGGAAGCAGGAACGAGGCGUCAGUGCAUCAGUGGGAGCGGAGCUCCACCGGGAGGAAGCAAACAGCAGGUUUCUCGGGCAGCAUGGCCAUGAAGCGGCUCAGGUCCUUCCUGGUGUUGGUGGGGAUUUCGGUGCUCUGUGGCGUGGCACUGGGAACCCGGAGAGGUAGCGCGUCCUUGGACCAGAGGGCCCACAGACACAGGCACCCAGGUCACUUGUCGCUGCACAGACACAGGCAGAGGUCUGGGAAGGAGGGGCAGGUCCUUCACAGGUCCAAACGAGGAUGGGUCUGGAAUCAGUUCUUCGUCAUUGAGGAGUACACUGGGCCUGACCCAGUUCUAGUGGGCAGGCUCCACUCAGACGUCGACUCCGGCGUCGGCAACAUCAAGUACAUCCUGUCCGGCGAAGGUGCGGGGACGAUCUUCGUCAUCGACGACAAAACGGGCAACAUCCACGCCACGAAGACCCUGGACCGCGAGGAGCAGGCCCAGUACACGCUGACGGCCCAGGCCGUGGACAGAGACACCAACAAGCCUCUGGAGCCUCCGUCAGAGUUCAUAGUGAAAGUCCAAGACAUCAACGACAAUCCCCCCGAGUUUCUCCACGGGCCCUACUACGCCAGGGUGCCUGAGAUGUCCAAUGUGGGUACGUCGGUGGUGCAGGUGACCGCUACGGAUGCCGAUGACCCCACGUACGGCAACAGCGCCAGGCUGGUGUACAGCAUCCUGCAGGGGCAGCCGUACUUCUCCGUGGAGUCUCAGACAGGUAUCAUCCGCACCGCCUUGCCCAACAUGGACCGCGAAGCGCGCCAGGAGUACGACGUGGUCAUCCAGGCCAAAGACAUGGGCGGUCACAUGGGGGGGCUGUCGGGCACCACCCAGGUCAAAAUCACCCUCACGGACGUCAACGACAACCCGCCCAAGUUCCCGCAGAGUGUGUAUUCCAUGUCCGUAUCCGAGGACAAGGUCCCCGGGGAGGAGGUGGGCCGCCUUAAGGCUAAAGACCCCGACCUGGGGGACAACGGGAUGGUGUCCUACCGCCUGGUGGACGGAGACGGGCUGAGCAUGUUUGAGCUGAGCACCGACUCCGAGACCAGGGAGGCCGUCAUCAAGCUGAAGAAGGUAAGGACGAAGGAGGAGGAAGAGCUGCGACUCACUCGGCGAUGUUUUGGGCCACUCGGGAGGCUGCGAACGAAGUGUCAAAAUGUCAACAUUUAGAUUGAAAAUGAACCAGCCGAGAGUUGCUCAGGAGGAGCAUUAUCGCUCUUUUAGCGGUGCUUCUUCAUCUCUGACAUAUCUAGCUGCUGAACUAAGUCCAUGGCCUUGUCGUUGUGUCCGUGGGAACCAAAUCCGAACCGCUGCUGUCACCCAACGAGCGGAAACUCAACGUAAAGCUCUGUGAAUCCGAGACUCGGCAGACUGAGGCCAGAAGGGUCUGUAGGUCCGUCCGUGCAGCUUCAGUCAGUUUGUCGUCGCGGAUACUGACCGUAGCUUUGGUCAAACCUGGUAAAACAAAGUCACGGUGUCCAUUUUGAAAAAGUCCAGACUUCCGGGUUGUUUCUGAUGUCAACAGCGCUUUAGGCCGAGAGCGGCUGCUUCAUCCGUGCGUCAUCCUCCACUUUUUCAAUUUUUGCCGGCACAGAAAUGUAGUCGAGGUGGCACUUUUUCUCCAGACAAAGCAGUUCGGUGUCUGGAUUUCAACAGAGCGAACGCCAAGACUCCUCUGCGACGCUGCUCGUGUCGUCACUGACUUCCUGAUGCUGUUGAGCCAGCAAAAAAAAGAAUCACGUCCGCCUUUGUUCACCCAGAGAAGGCGAGCAGAGCCUGAGAAAAGCAGAACUUGUCCUCCAGAUAUGUGACUGCAGAACGUGCGUUAGAGUGAUGUCACUGCGGAGACCCUGGAGCACGGCAUUAACCCCUAGAUGAGUAAAGAACUAUGGUUCGAGUUAAAGCGAAAUGUUGGAAACACACACAUUGGGAAUUGUUUAAUUGUGUGUGGUUUUUUUUUCAAAAACAGCUCCGACUAGAAGUUCACUAAAUGUACUGAUGAGCAAAGCAGGACGGCCCAAUCAAAGAAAUGAGAGCAGCUGAUUACACCCAAGUGGGGCACGCUGUGUG